AUGAUUUGUAACUUGCUGCCAAAACUUGCGAAGCAAUCCAUCGUCACCAUACGGUUAUCGAAAGGUCGAAUUAAUCAUCCAAGCUUGCUGCAAUUCAGAAUGAGUUCGUGGUUGAUUACCGCAUUAUGUGUAUUGUGUCUCUCAGUAACAUGCUCCAGCAUCCCGCUGAAAAUACUAGAGAAUCAACAAUGGCCAGAGCACAACGCAGUAGAUAUACCCCGAAACACGAAGAAACCUAUUUACAACAUUCGUCGGAAAAGACAUCACUGGGGAGGAUGGGGAGGUUGGGGUUAUCAUUAUCCUUUUGGACACUCAUGGUUUGGCUACCCUUCAUUCCCUUGGUUUUGGCAUGAGUGAUAAAGUACAGUGUCUCAUGAUGUUGUAAAUGUAUUAUCUUUUUUUUCAACAUUAUUAUGUCGUUGUAAUGCAUUGAUGUGCUUAAAUGAAGCUCUGUAUAAAAGUUAUGGUAGUGAUCAUAAUUACGCACGCAAAAAUAGAUCAACUUUAC